AUGCACUCUUUAAUCAUCAUCAUCUUUUUUAUUUUGUCUAUCUUUGUCUCGUUUGUUGUUUCUCAUGACAACAACAACGAUUAUGGUGUUGUUUACAACACAUCAUCAUCAUCAUCAUCUUUAUUCUCAUCGUUCAACCAUGUUGAACUUCAAUCAAUCAUUACCAUCAAUAAUAAUGUUUACAAUAACACCUCUUGUUUUAGCAAUGUUGAUGUUUAUCAACCAAUUCCAAUCAUUUCCACUGUUCAAAAAAAUAUAAAUAAUUCCUAUUCAUUUAUUUACCCAUUAUCCACUGUUAAUAAUUCAAGUGAUAUUAUUGUGUCUCAAUGUCAAUCACAACCAUUACCAUUACCAUUAAUUUCAAAUUAUUCAACAACCAACAACCCCAUUCUUUUAGAAGAAAGGGAGAAAACUGUUCAAUUGAACAGCAACAACAAUAGUACAAUUUCAAUCAACUCUUGUUUAGACAAUGUUAAUCCAAUAAUUAGUUUUCCAUCCAUGUCCUAUGACAACAUAAUAAUUCAAUAUAAUUCAAGUGAUAUUUUGUCCCCAUGUCAAUCACAAUCACCAUUAAUAUUAAAUCAUUCAAUCCCAACCCAUAUUCUUUUAAAGGAGGAGGAAGAAGAAGCGGAGAAGAAUGUUCCAUUUCCAUCAAUGAACAAUUCAAUUUUAGUUUAUCCUUUAUCAAUCUCAUCGUUUAACAAUGUUGAGCAUCCAUUCAACAUUUCUAUCAUUAAUAAUAAUGAAUCAGUCACACUUAUUCACUCAUUACACAUGUACAUUCAAUUUAAUUCAAGUGAUGUUUCGACUCAUUGUCAAUCACCAUUACUCUUAAAUCAUUCAAUACCAACCCAUAUUCUUUUAGCGGAAGAGGAGGAGGAGGAGUCAUUUCAAUUGAACAACAACACAAUAACAUUCUCAUUGUUCAACCAUGAUAAUAAUAAUAUUUCUUUCCAUCAAUCAGCCAUUUUAUUUUAUAAUUCAAGUGAUUUAUUAUCUCAAAGUCAAUCCAAUCAUGCCAACAACAACAAUAAUAAUAAUAAUAAUAAUUUAUCAUUUAAUUCAUGCAUGUCAAUUCCUUUUAAUUUAAAUGUUUUGUCUCAAUCUCAUUUUCAAUUACCAUUAAACUCUAGUGAUGUUUUGUUUCAUUGUCAAUCACCAAAUCAUUCAACAACCACCAACAAUAUUAAUUUAGAUCAGGAGGAGGAGGAGUCUGUUCAAUUGAACAGCAGCAGUACAAUCUCAGUUUCAUAUUUCAACCAAUCAAUUCCCAUUAAUAAAUAUAAUAUUUCAUUCUUCAAUGUCCAUCAAUCAUCGAUUCCAUACGAAGAAGAGGAGGAGUCUGUUCAGUUGAACAGCAGCAGCAGCACAAAUUCAUGGCGUGGUUUCAACCAUGUUAUUGAUACAGUCAAUCCACUCUCCACAAUCAUCACCAACCAACAAUCUUACACUCCUCAUCAAUCGAUCCACAAUCAUCAAAUCAUUCGACAAUCUUAUAAUAACACAAAUAAUAAUAACACAAGACGAAAUAAUAAUCACAAUAACAAUAACAACACAACAACAAAUAAUAAUAAUAACAACAACAACAAUAAUAUUAAAUUAAACAACAACUCUCCAACUACAAAUAUUAAUAAUAAUCAUAAUAAUACUCAAAUUACAAAUAAUAAUAAUAAUAAUAAUGUUCCUUUUAACUUUUAUAAUACCAACAACAACAACAACAACAAAAAUAACAAAAAUAAUAAUAAUCAUUAUUUAUCAUCAUCAUCACCAUUCAAUCAUGAUACAAUCCUCACCACAGUCCACAUUCACAAUUCAACUCACAAUCAAUAUUCACAAAUCACUCCACCUUCCUCAAAUAAUAAUAAUAAUAAUAAUGGAUCAGCCUCACUUAUUCACUCAUUGUACAUGUACAUUCCAUUUAAUUCAAGUGAUCGGAAGAAGGAGGAGUCAUUUCAAUUGAACAACAACAACAACACAAUCACAAUCUCAUUGUUCUACAAUGUUGAACAUCAAUCAGUUAAUAUUCAUAAUAAUAAUAACAAUAAUAAUAGUAUUUCUCAAUCAGCCAUUUUACUUUUUAAUUCAAGUGAUACUCAAUUUCAAUCAAAUCAUUCAUUCAUUCCUGACAACAACAAUAAUAAUAAGAAUAAUAGCAACAAUAAUAACAUUAAAUUAAAUAAUACAAAUAAUAAGAACAAUAAUAAUAACAACAACUUUAAUAAUACAAAUAAUAAUAAUAAUAACAAUAAUAAUAACAACAACAAUAACAACAUUAAUAAUAACAAUAAUAAUUCAUUACACUUUAACUUUUAUAAUCCCAACAACAAUCCAACAAAUAAUAAUAAUAAUAAUAAUAAUUUUUUUAUUUUUUCACAAUCUCAUCAAUCUCCAAAUCCAACAAACAAUAAUAAUGUCACCAUCACAACUCCAACAAAUAACAAUAAUACUUUAACCAAUCAUUUUGUUUCAACUCCAUUUUCCACUUUCAACUCAUCCACAUUCACAUUAAACAAUCCAACAACAACGACAAUGUCAAUGUGUCCAAUAUCAAAGACCAGACCAUUUUCAAGACACUCCAACGUUUCAAGAUUACAAAACAACGCGAUACCAAAGUUGCCAACAAUUAUUCUGAUUCUCUCAACUGUUUCGGAACCAAUCAUUCAAACCAUAACCAUACAACAAUACAACAACAACAAUCAUCAUCACCAAUCAAUCAUGAUACAAUCCUCACCACAAUCCACACUCACAAUUCAAUUCACAAUCCACAUUCACAAAUCACUCCACCAUCCUCAAAUAAUAACAAUAAUUUAUCUUUUAAUUCAUCCACAAUGUCAAUUCCUUUUAAUUUAA